AUGGCGGGCUUCUUGCAAGAAUUCCUGUGCGAGGAGGAUGACAAGCAGCUGGAUUGUGAUGAGGCGUCAGCUACCUUACCGGCUAGUUCACCGCAGAAGGGUUCCCCGAAGAAGGUCGCUGGCAAACCGGCGAAGCAGAGUCCCAAGAGCAGCGCCAAGACGAGACCUCCUUCCUUUGGUGGCCGUGGAAAGGAUACCAAGAAAAGGGCCGUGAGAGGAACAAUGGGCACAUUUGCUGGGCGGAGGUUGCCACCGACUCCUGAUGGAGCAGCCCAGUUUGUGCGGAUCCGGGAUGCCUACUACAAAAUGAAGGCUGAGAACGGCAAGCCGAGGAUUUCGAUCAACCAGGCGGACUUUUGGCAGAAGAUGUCGUCAGCCGAGGACUUUGGGGUUGCACUGGCCAAAUAUGUCCAGCUGCACUGGAGCAAGUCGGUCCAGUAG